UAUUUAAAAUUUCGUAAUUUAAUUUGAUUUGACAGCAUGGCUUCCACGGUAGUAGAUUCAGAAAUAACAAAAAGUGAUAAAUAUUCGAUAUUAUUGCCCACUUACAACGAAAGGGAGAAUUUACCGAUCAUAAUAUGGCUUAUAACCAAAUAUUUAGAUAAAAGUGGUUAUGAUUACGAAGUGAUUAUAAUCGACGAUGGAAGUCCUGAUGGUACCCUGGACGUGGCGAAACAGUUGCAAAAGUUGUAUGGAUCGAACAAAAUCGUAUUGCGGCCAAGAGAAAAAAAAUUGGGCUUAGGAACUGCUUACAUACAUGGUAUAAAACAUGCUACCGGGAAUUUUAUAAUCAUUAUGGAUGCCGAUUUAAGCCACCAUCCAAAAUUCAUUCCAAAUUUUAUAGAGCUACAAAAGAAACAUGACCUUGACUUGGUAUCAGGGACUCGGUACAAAGACGGUGGUGGAGUGUAUGGAUGGGAUUUCAAGAGAAAGCUUAUAUCAAGGGGUGCAAACUUCAUAACCCAACUUUUAUUAAGGCCUGGUGCAUCUGAUUUAACAGGAUCUUUUAGACUCUACAAAAAGGAUAUAUUGCAGAAAUUAAUAGACAGCUGUGUAUCCAAAGGAUAUGUUUUUCAAAUGGAAAUGAUAAUAAGAGCAAGGCAACUGGAUUAUACUAUAGGUGAAAUACCAAUAACAUUUGUAGAUCGUGUGUAUGGAGAGUCUAAACUUGGUGGAUCUGAAAUUUUACAAUUUGCUAAAGCAUUAUUGUACUUAUUUGCCACCACAUAACAUA